UCAUAUCAAAUAAUAACCACUCGAUGAAAUUAUUUAAACCGAAAAAAAAGUAUCGUCCUGGUGAGCCUCAGAUCUAUGGGAUUCCGCCGGAUGAGAAAAUCAGCUAUGCCGGCCGCAUAUAUGGCCUGACUCUCAUCCUGGCCGCCAUUGCCUUGAUUCAGUGGGUCAUCAUUGGAUUGACCAUUGGCAAAAUCAGUCUGAUAAAACACGAGGCCCUCUAUGGCUGGUGGCUGUUGGGUACCUUCUAUUUGGUGGCCGUCCUUGCCUGGACCAAGUUGGGACGUAAGGUACCGUUCAACUACAUCCUGCUCGGGAUUAUUGUCGAGACCUCUACCAUAUACAUUGCCAUGGAGCAGAGGAAAAGUGAAAAUAAUGUGGUCAACUUUUAUGCCUGCGUCAUUGUGGUGGCCCUCAUAUUGGCGUCCAUCUUUUGGGGCGCCUACUUUCCCAUGUUCAUUGUGCCGGGCGAUUUGCUGCUCAGCAUUUUGGUGGCCAUAUCCAAUAUCAUGAUGCUUUUGUUCUUUAUCAACGCCUACUUUAUCCACUGAGGGAUUUGCAUUGCUGUCCGAAAUACCUUUGCCGUGAUUGCCGUCUCCGUAAUGAUGUACACGGCGACCAUUAUCCAUGACCGACAGUUCGAUGUGCCCAAGAACGAGUAUCUGUUCCUGAGUGCCUUGCAGUUUUUCGCCUAUAUGGUGCUCAACGAGCGCAUCCUUACUCUAGCCACCACUGAUAGUAGCACGGAUAGAUGCGUUCAACAUUAGUCAAUAACUCACAUCGAACUACUUUUAACUACUGACUUUCAAAUAAUAAAUAUACUGACAAAGUU